CUCUAGCGUCAGUGGGGUCCUUUCUGAGCAAGUAGUCGCACUUUAUUGUUCAAGAGGUCCUUUCGCCUAGGGAAGCCUGUCGCAAUCUUAUUUAUUGCUGGUACCCGGGGUUGUGUGUGUUACUUUUUUGUCUUUGGUAUUUAUUUUUCACAACAUGGGAGACAGUGAUGAUGAAUAUGAUCGUAGACGCAGAGACAAAUUCCGUCGGGAAAGAAGUGAUUAUGACCGAUCUCGAGAGCGGGAAGAUCGAAGGAGGGAUGACUGGAACGACAGGGAUGAUCAUGGAGGAGAUCCGUACCAUAGUGGUUAUGACUUGCCAUAUUCUGUCGGUGGUCCUAGCUACGGCCCUCCUCAGCCUUGGGGGCACCCAGAUAUUCAUGUCAUGCAACACCAUGGGGUCCCUAUUCAAGCAAGGUUGGGUAGCCUGGCUGAAAUGGAUUUGGGUCCUCCACCUCCUGUGAUGAAGACAUUUAAAGAAUUUCUACUGUCUCUUGAUGAUUCCGUGGAUGAGACUGAAGCUGUGAAGCGUUACAAUGAAUACAAGUUAGACUUCCGUCGGCAACAGAUGCAGGACUUUUUCCUUGCUCACAAAGAGGAAGAGUGGUUUCGUUCUAAAUACCACCCAGAUGAAGCUGGAAAACGUAAGCAAGAGACACAGAAUUGGCUUCGUAGCAGGCUCAAAGUUUUCAAUGAACUCUUGGAAUGCGGUGCUUUUGACAACGUCAGUUUGGACAUUGACAAAGCUAGGCCACUUGUCAAGUUAUUAGAUACUGCUGUGAUAAAGUUGGAAGGGGGCACAGAUAUUGACCUAAAGAUUUUGGAUCAAGAAGAGGAGGAAGAAAAGCAGGAGAAACUAGAAGCUGCAAAGAGGGAGGAAGCUCGAGCUGCAGAAAGCGAAAAAAAAGCAUCUGAGAAAGAGGAAAGUAAAAAGGUGGAAGGUGAUGAAGGAACGGAAGAUAAGCCGAAGCCGCCACCAGAGGAGGAGAAACCGAAACCCCCACCAGAACCUCCAGAGAAAGAGACAGAGCCCAAAAAGUCCAGCAAAAAGCGAAAGAGGAAGCGUAGUGGAGAUGACAGCUAUGAUGAAGAUGGAAGCGCAUCUGAAUCAGAUUCUGAUUCAGACUCUGAAGAGGAAGAUAAGGUAGAGACUGAGAAAGACAAGAUGGACACCAUCAAAGAAGAAAAGAUGGAGUUGGAUGAGGAGGAGGAGGAGGAGGAGGAGAAAAAGGACAAGGAAGAAGUAAAGGAACCAGAGGACAAGAAAGAAACUGAAGAAAAGGUGGACAUCGAGGAGAAGAAAGACAAAGACACAGAAGACACUAAAGAAACAGAAAAAGAGAAAGAAAAGGAGAAAGAGGAAGAGAAAGAGAAGCCAAAAGAAAAAGAUACAGAAGUCAAACCUCGCCCCCUACACAGGACGUGUUCCCUUUUCAUGCGCAAUAUUGCUCCCAACAUUUCUAAAGCAGAAAUUGCAGCACUUUGUAAAAGAUAUCCUGGAUUUUUAAGAGUAGCACUUUCUGACCCUCAGCCUGAGAGAAGGUUUUAUCGACGUGCAUGGGUGACUUUUGAUCGUAGUGUCAAUAUCAAAGAAAUAUGUUGGAAUCUACAAAAUAUCAGACUUCGGGAAUGUGAAUUGAGUCCUGUGGUAAACCGUGAUCUAAGCAGACGGGCGCGCAACAUAAAUGGCAUCACACAGCACAAGCCAAUUGUUCGUAAUGACAUCAAGCUGGCUGCAAAACUAAUUCAGAGUUUAGAUGACAAAACGCAACUGUGGACGUCUGAGUCUGAAAGUGAGGAAAAGCCACAAAGUGAGAGCAUCCCUUCUCAAAAUCCCAUCCUGAAAAACAUCACUCACUAUCUGAUUGAUGAGGUCAGUGCUGAAGAGGAAGAACUUCUGGGUAAUGCUACAGAGUCAGUCGAUGAGGUCACAAAGGAUGGGAAUCCAUCUGAUACCAAUGUAGAAAGAGAUGAGAAACUCCUGAAGGUUUUGGACAAGUUGUUGCUGUACCUGCGUAUUGUUCAUUCUGUCGAUUAUUAUAACAACUGUGAAUACCCAAAUGAAGAUGAGAUGCCAAACCGUCUUGGCCUUAUACAUGUCAGAGGGCCCAUGCCUCCAAACAGGAUCACUCAUGGAGAAGUUUCAGAGUGGCAGAAAAAUUGUGAGGAAAGACUAAAUCCCUUAUUCACGGUGAAGGAAUCAUUGUCCGAGGAGGAAGCAGUAAAGAUGGGGAAGAAAGACUCCGAGCAAGAAGUAGAAAAGUUCAUCACUGCCAACACUCAAGAAGUGGGAAAAGACAAGUGGCUGUGUCCCCUUAGUGGGAAAAAAUUCAAGGGUCCAGAGUUUGUGAGGAAACAUAUAUUCAACAAGCAUGGAGAUAAAAUCGAGGAAGUGAAGAAGGAGGUGUCUUUCUUCAACAACUUUCUUAUGGAUGCAAAGAGGCCAUCACUGCCAGAGAUCAAGCCAAACCAGCCACCGGGUCCUGGGCAAGGUAUUAGUCCAGGUCUUCCUUACCCACCACAGUCACCACAGGGACUGCUAGGAUAUGGACAGCCACGCCCACCUGUGUUGGGUUAUGCAGGUGGUCCUCCUUACCCUCCCAGUCCUUAUGGAGGCCGUGGAAGUUACGAUUUCAGAGGCCAAGGUUUUCCAGGCAAACACAGAAACAGGAUGAGAGGUGACCCCAGAGCCAUUAUUGAAUACAGAGACCUGGAUGCUCCAGAAGAUGUUGAUUUCUUUUGAUUUCCCUCUUCGGUUUCAUUUUUUACUUCAUGUGAAUAAACUUGUCCCAGUGAUUGUAAUAUGUUCAUUUGAUUUUAUUUAUUUAUUAAAAGAAUGGGGUUAC